AUGAAGAAAUGGGGGAACUCAGACUUAGGGGAGUCUGAGGGUAUGCCACAAGUGGACUCUCACUCAGACCCCCUGGAUGGGGACCCUAACUCCAGGCCAGCUCCAACCAAGCCCAACAUCUUCCCCACAGCCAGGAGGCGGCCAGCUUCUCCUAUGGACUGCUCUUACGAGGAAGGUGAGCCAGCGUCCUGCCCGGCCAUCACAGUCAGUCCUGUUGUCAUCCUCCAAAGGACUGGGGAUGGCCUCACAUGUGCCAGGCAGUCGUCCCAGGACUCCGUCCCCGCCGGCACGGAGAAGAGCUUCAAGCUCUAUGACCGCAGGAAGAUCUUUGAAGCCGUGGCUCAGAAUAACUGCGAGGAGCUGCAGAGCCUGCUGCUCUUCCUGCAGAAGAGCAAGAAGCACCUCGUGGACAGCGAGUUCAAAGACCCAGAGACCGGGAAGACCUGUCUGCUGAAAGCCAUGCUCAAUCUGCACGAUGGGCAGAACAGCACCAUCCCCCUGCUCCUGGAGAUCGCCCGGCAGACGGACAGCCUGAAGGAGCUUGUCAACGCCAGCUACACAGACAACUACUACAAGGGCCAGACAGCGCUGCACAUUGCCAUCGAGAGGCGGAACAUGGCCCUGGUGACCCUCCUGGUGGAGAAUGGGGCAGACGUCCAGGCUGCGGCCAAUGGGGACUUCUUUAAGAAAACCAAAGGGCGGCCUGGCUUCUACUUUGGUGAGCUGCCCCUCUCCCUGGCCGCGUGCACCAACCAGCUGGGCAUCGUGAAGUUCUUGCUGCAGAAUUCCUGGCAGCCGGCAGACAUCAGUGCCCGGGACUCGGUGGGCAACACAGUGCUGCACGCGCUGGUGGAAGUGGCCGACAACACCGCUGACAACACCAAGUUUGUGACGAGCAUGUACAACGAGAUUCUGAUCCUGGGAGCCAAGCUCCACCACACGCUGAAGCUGGAGGAAAUCACCAACAGGAAGGGGCUCACGCCACUGGCGCUGGCCGCCAGCAGCGGGAAGAUUGGGGUCCUGGCCUAUAUUCUCCAGAGGGAGAUCCAGGAGCCCGAGUGCAGGCACCUGUCGAGGAAGUUCACAGAGUGGGCCUACGGGCCCGUGCACUCCUCGCUCUACGACCUGUCCUGCAUCGACACCUGCGAGAAGAACUCCGUGCUGGAGGUGAUCGCCUACAGCAGCAGUGAGACCCCUAAUCGCCACGAUAUGCUCUUGGUGGAGCCGCUGAACCGACUCCUGCAGGACAAGUGGGACAGAUUUGUCAAGCGCAUCUUCUACUUCAACUUCUUCGUCUACUGCCUGUAUAUGAUCAUCUUCACCACGGUCGCCUACUACAGGCCUGUGGACGGCUUGCCCCCCUAUAAGCUGCAGUACACCGUCGGCAACUAUUUCCGAGUCAUGGGAGAAAUUCUUUCUGUAUCAGGGGGAAUCUACUUUUUUUUCCGAGGGAUUCAGUAUUUCCUGCAGAGGCAGCCGUCCCUGAAGUCCUUGUUUGUGGACAGCUACAGUGAGAUGCUUUUCUUUGUGCAGUCACUGUUCAUGCUGGGGACCGUGGUGCUGUACUUCUGCCACCGCAAGGAGUACGUGGCCUCCAUGGUGUUCUCCUUGGCCAUGGGCUGGACCAACAUGCUCUACUACACCCGUGGCUUCCAGCAGAUGGGCAUCUAUGCCGUCAUGAUCGAGAAGAUGAUCCUGAGAGACCUGUGCCGCUUCAUGUUUGUCUACCUCAUAUUCUUGUUCGGGUUUUCCACAGCGGUGGUGACACUGAUUGAGGACGGAAAGAACAACUCUGUGUCGGCUGAGGCCACGUCACACAAGUGGCGGGGGUGUGGCUGCCGGAUGUCUGACAACUCCUACAACAGCCUGUAUUCCACGUGUCUGGAGCUGUUCAAGUUCACCAUCGGAAUGGGUGACUUGGAGUUCACCGAGAACUAUGACUUCAAAGCUGUCUUCAUCAUCCUGUUGCUGGCCUACGUGAUUCUCACUUACAUCCUCCUGCUCAACAUGCUCAUCGCCCUCAUGGGCGAGACUGUCAACAAGAUCGCGCAGGAGAGCAAGAACAUCUGGAAGCUGCAGAGAGCCAUCACCAUCCUGGACACAGAGAAGAGCUUCCUUAAAUGCAUGAGGAAGGCCUUCCGCUCGGGCAAGCUGCUGCAGGUGGGGUACACACCUGAUGGCAAGGAUGACUACAGGUGGUGUUUCAGGGUGGAUGAGGUGAACUGGACCACCUGGAACACCAACGUGGGCAUCAUCAAUGAAGACCCGGGCAACUGUGAGGGCAUCAAGCGCACCCUGAGCUUCUCCCUGCGGUCAGGCAGAGUUUCAGGGAGAAACUGGAAGAACUUUGGCCUGGUUCCCCUUUUAAGAGAUACAAGCACUCGAGAAAGGUACUCCGUUCAGUCUGAGGUGGUUCAUCUGAAGAACUUUGCAGGGUCCCUGAAGCCAGAAGACGCGGAGAGCUUCAGGAAUGUUGCUGUCUUAGGGGAAAAGUGA